UGAUAUCACACAAAUCAAAAUCUUCUUCUUCAUCAUGGCGCUUUUUUCUAUCCUCGUCACGUUAUGUCUUCUGAACAUCCACCAAGUCCUCAGCGACAAGUCCGACGUAGGCCUUAAUCCGGGUGAAAUGAUCGCAAAUCAUGGUUACCCUUCAGAAACUCACGAAAUAACAACAGAUGACGGCUACAUUAUCACACUAUUCAGAAUACCUCAUGGAAUCAACGACGACGGUGCCGCUAAAAGACCUCCAAUUUUGCUAAUGCAUGGUUUCGGGGUCUGCUCUGGUGAAUUCGUGUCGCUGGGUCCUGAACGUGGCCUAGGUUUUAUUCUGGCAGACGCUGGGUACGAUGUAUGGCUCGCAAAUACACGUGGUACUGCUUUCUCAAGGAAGCACACAACUAUCGAUCCAGAUCUUAACCCAGAACAAUUUUUCAAUUACACGUGGCACGAAAUAGCGAUUUAUGAUGUUGCCAAUUCGAUCGAUUACAUUUUGGAUGUAAAUGGAGAUGAUAGUGUGUAUUAUGUAGGGCACUCACAGGGCACUACGGUUUUCCUAGUUCUGGCAUCCACCAAACCUGAAUACAACAGCAAAAUCAGAGUUGCAAACUUGAUGGCGCCAGCAGCUAUUAUUAAACACUACCCGAGUACUUUAAUUCAAGGGAUUUGUAAGUAUGUGGAUCGUGUUUGGAGUCUUCUGCAAAAGUAUAGGAUAUAUGAGAUUCCUUUGCUUGGGACAUUAAGAGAAACGGUGACUACUCUAUGUGCCAACUAUCCCGAUGAGGAAUCAGAUCCACUAUGUGCGAUGAUACAUGAUUCGAUAUUAUCGAGGGUCGAUGAGGCGGAUGUACCUGUAAUAGUAACAAAUUGUCCUUCCGGUGCUGGUUUGAAACAGUACGUACACUAUGGGCAGCUGGUUCGAGAUGGAGGAUUUCGUCAAUGGAAUUAUGGAACUGAAAAAAAUUUAGAAGUUUAUGGCAGUGAAAAUCCCCCUGAUUAUGAUUUGUCGCUAAUUACGACACCGGUUGCGUUUUAUUACGCAAAAAAUGACGGUUUAAUUACCGUCGAGGAUGAAAAUCUUCUGGCUAGCAUGGUUCCAAAUGUUCCUGUUAACUAUAUGGUACCAGAUGACUCGUUUGCACAUAUUGAUUUUGCGAUGGCUGAUGAUGUUGUUGAACUGGUAUACAACGAACUACUAGAUGUUUUGUCAAAAUAUUAAAUAAAGUUACAUGAAAUCGUCA